AAACAACUGCUUAAAAAAAAGAUUUAUUUAUUUUAGAGGGAGAAUGUGGGAGGAUGUGCUCAAGCAUGGGGAGGGGCAGAGGGGGAGAAGCAGACUCCCCACUAAGCGGGGAGCCCCACACGGGGCUCAUUCCCACCACCUUGGGAUCACGACCUGAGCCAAAACCAAGCGUCAGACGCUUAACUGACAGAGCCCCCCCCAGACAGCCCUAAACAACUGCUUUUAAUGUAAUUUCUCUAGCUCUUUCUCCAGGUUUCAGUCAGUGAGGAGCUAUUUGCCUUUUUUCUUUCUUUCUUCUUCCUAACUGAUUCGCAAUGCUUGUCUUUUUCUGUCUUUCUCAACUCCGCUGAGAGACUGUCUGAUAAUUCCCUGGAGUGAGUCGGUGCUAUCACUGUGGCUUUCUCAAUGGUAGAUCCCGUGUGAAUCUUCACAGGUUUACCAAUAUGUUGGGAAAAGGGUGUCACCUGAAGUGAAAUAUUCAAGAGGCCGAUUGGCCUGCCUUCAGAUGCUUCUAGAAGUCAUACUAAGCUAGGUGUGAAGUCUGCACUGCAUUAUGAUGUCUUUAUUACCUUGGGACUGCUGGCUCCAAUCCGGGGCUUUUCCAGCCCUUGAGGCACCCAGGCCUUUGUAUAUUUGUGUGUCUACCUUAAGGGGUUGUAAGCACCGCUGAGAGCGGGUACCCUUAGAGCCACCUCAUUCCAGUCCCCAGCAUUAUGUCUGGAGAUGCCGCGUUUAAUCGUCACCAGACACGCAGAGCUGCAGGCGCUCAGGGAUUAAACCUUGGGUCCAACCCAGCGGGGACCUGAGAAUCUGGAAGGCUGUGGAGCGCCAUGUAACCUCCGGGGCCGAGCGGACUUUGUUUAGGUCCCGGCUCUUGACCCGGCUCCCAGAGCUGUACUCAACACAAGUUCGCGUUCAAUGCAAGGGGGAGCGUCGUUCAAGUCUGAGUGCGAAGGCGGCAGGGAGCCCCCGCAGCGACGCAGACGGGGCUCUGGAGAGACCGGGGCCGAGCGGGCCCGGGAGGAGGAGCGGUGCUGUGGGCCCUCGGGCAGCCGGGCUGCGCCGCCCCGUCCCUUCGCACGCGCUGCCCGACACCGCGCGGGGCACCGAGCAGGUGCUCGGCGGGUGAGCGCCCGGGGUUCGCUGGGGCUCCAGGAGGAAGGCCGGCUCGCACGCGGCCGCCGGCUUCCCCGUAACGGAGUGGUUCGCCGAGACCCAAUCAGAACGCGGCUCCUGGCUUCCGGCCCCGCGCCACCCAAUGGCCGUGCACGGGAGGGAGAAGGGCGUGAAGCCCAGCGGUGCCAUUAUCCUUGAGGGCGAAGGGUUUCCUGCCCCGUUGCGGCCGAGCGUCUCCGGUGCUUCCACCGUGGCAAAAGGCAUCCUGCAGUGCUCUAACCCAGGAUUCGCAGGCCCCAAACCGGCCCUCAUCUCCUGGCUGGAGAGAAAGAAGGAGGUGUGGAGCCCGGAGGCCGAGGAUCCCGAGGAGGGGGCGAGGCACCCAGGAUCUGGGCUAGAAAGCAAGAAAAAGAACGAACCCAGCAGCAAAAUUGGGGCCGAGGAGCUUGAGGAAGCCCCUGUGAGGAACGCGCCAGCGGUGCAGGCCAGGCUGGUUCCUAGUUUCAGGGACUUUAGCCAUCCAUUGCCUCAGCUGUCUGCACACACAGAGCAGCAGUGCACCCAGACUCCCAAGAGGCCCUACCCCUGCCUGGAAUGCAACCGUUCUUUCAGCUACCCCUCCCUCCUAGCCAGCCACCAGCGGGUCCACUCGGGGGAGCGGCCUUUUCCAUGUGGCCAGUGUGGACGUUGCUUCCGCCAAAGAGGCAACCUGGCUGUCCACAUGCGCAUACAUACAGGGGAGAAGCCCUUCUCCUGCCCAGACUGUGGGAGGCUCUUUGCCUACCCCUCCAUGCUGGUCAGGCAUCGGCGAAUCCAUUCUGGAGACCGUCCAUAUGUCUGUGGACCUUGUGGGGUUCAGUUCUCCCAGAGGGCUCACCUCGUCCAGCACCAGCUGCUUCAUACAGGGGACAAGCCCUAUUCAUGUCCAGACUGUGGCCGCUGCUUCCGCCAGACUGGGGCGCUGGCCAUCCAUAGACACAGACAUGGUGGGGAGAAGCCGUAUGUGUGCACUGAGUGUGGACGCCACUUUACACACCCUUCUCUCUUGGCUAUCCACCAGCGCACCCACACUAGGAAGAAGCCCCAUAUCUGUUCUGACUGUGGUCGGAGCUUUGCCUACCCCUCCCUCCUGACCAGUCACCAACGGGUCCACUCUGGUGAGCGCCCCUACCCUUGUACCCACUGCAGUGCCCGCUUUGCCCAGCAAAAUAACCUGCUCCAGCAUCAGCUCAUUCACACAGGGGAAAAGCCCUAUGCGUGCCCCGACUGUGGCCGCUGCUUCCGGCAAAGCGGCUCCCUGGCUAUCCACAGACGCACACAUACAGGGGAGAAGCCCUACUCCUGCUCCGAGUGUGGGCACCAAUUUACCUCUUCCUGUGUCCUCAACAGCCACAGACGCAUCCAUUCUGUUGAGAGGCCCUUCCCUUGUUCCCAGUGUGGGAAAACCUUUAAACGAAAGAGUGCCCUGGAAGCCCACCAAUGGAUCCAUCGUACAGGCGGGACAAGUCAGAGGGGUGACAGACCUCUGUUACCACCCCCAGCCCAGGCUUGUGUCCCUGAGGGUCAGGAACCGUCCGUACACUUCCGACAUUUUCCCGAUAUGUUCCAGUAGUGUGAGUGUCUGAGUAAAGCAGUGUGAAGGAACAAAUGUUUUAAGGUUCUCCCUCAUCAAGUGUUGGGAAGGAGGUGCACAGAGGGCAAGGGAUAGGAGAGGGGAGAAAAAGGGAAUCAGGCAAAAUGGAGAUGGUGGGGGCUGAGCCACAUCUGGAAUCUAUGCGAGACCUGGGAGCUGAGAGGCAGGACAUCCGGAGUGAAGAACCUGUCAGGAAAAGCAUGAGACUCCUUCAGUCAGCUCCCAGCCCGGACUGCUGACCUCUGACCUUUCAGCUCCGGUUUCCCCUGACUGUAGAUCUCAGGAGAACAAACCUCCUUGGACCAGGAGCCGUAAUGUAAGAGGAGGAUCAUAGGCUUUGAACCAGUUUAUCCCAUGUUCAAUCUUGGCUCAUCCCUUGCAUCAUCAACAUCUCUCUGACUAUAAAAUGAGUACAUUAAUACUGCUCCCGAGGUGGUUGUGAGGAUUAAAUAAUACAUAUUCAG